GUCAGAGAGUGAAGGAUGCUCAAGUUAUACUUGUUCUUCUUUCUUCUCCGUAGAGCUGACGGUGUUCUGCUCUACGCUGACCCCAGACAAAAUGUGUCUCUGCCGUGUUUCCUCCCCCAUGAAGCCUCACAUUUGUGUUGGUACAAGCAAGUUGCAGGAGAGCAACCCAAAAUCAUUUCUUCUUUCUAUAAAGCAUUGUCUAAAGGCGACCUCCACAACCAGUUCAAAGAGGACAAACGCUUUUCAGUGCAUGCUGGAGAAGGAUUCUACAACCUGAACAUUUCUCACGUGCAGGACUCAGAUUCAGCUAUGUAUUACUGUGGACACACCAGCAUAACAACAACUGAGUUUAAUGAAGGAGUGUAUUUAGUCUUGAGAGAGUCGAGUCGCAGGUCUUACAUUCUGCAGCCGGCUUCUGACCUGGUGACGCCCGGAGGCUCUACGACGCUGAGCUGUGCCGUACACAUCGGGACCUGUGAUGGAGAACACAGGGUUUACUGGUUCAAAAAGGAGUCAGGGAACUCCCACGUGGGAAUCAUGUACAUCCACACAAAAAGCAGAAGGCAGUGUGGACUGAGCCCCGGGUCUGAGCCCCCUGAACGGAGAUGUGUGUACAGUUUAUCAAAGAGGAACGUCAGCGAGUCCGAUGCUGGGACGUACUACUGCGCUGUGGCUCAUUGUGGAGAGAUACUGCUUGGGAAUGGAACAAAGCUGAAUGUUGGAAGUACACAUGUUGACAUGCACGCCGUCUUGAUGUAUUGUGUGGUUGCAGCGCUGCUUUUCUCUGUAAUCUUGAACACAAUCCUAAUCUGCAUCCUCUGCAAGAAACGUCUUCACUCUGGAGGGCUGCAGCCUCAGUCGAGCGUGCAGGAGCAAACUCCUGACAGCCAGAAUACGGAUUUGGAUUCUCUGCAGUAUGUUGCUCUGGAGUUCAAAAAGGGGAAAAACAAGAGAAGACAGAGGGGCACAACGGAGGAGAAGGCGAUUUACUCUGUAGUGCGACGGACCUGAAGUGAUUUAUCCGCCUUUAGUAGCACCAAACUUUCUGCAAGUAUUACCCACGGCUGCUCUCUGUCUUAGUCCUGCUUUUUUAUUUACCAAUUAUAAUAAUAUCAACUUUUAAAUACUGAACACAUUUGAUUACCUUAAACCCUGCAUGUGCUUCACU